CCACAGUGUAAAACAACGGGAAGAAAUCAUGUUUGCGACACAAUCUAUAUUAUUACUGCUGUUGGUCGUGGGGGCACAAUGUGAAUCUGCUGAAAGAUAUAUGGAAUAUAUCGUUGGCCGGCACAAUAAUUUUAGACAAGGAUGGUUCAAUGGAAAGGAAUGGGAUAGAAUGGAAUGGGACAGUUCUCUAGCAGAGGAGGCAGACAGACGUAUGUCACAAUGUAACAUGGGGAACGGAUAUUACAGCCGUGGUGAACACUAUGCCUACUAUAGCGGUGGUGAUCAUUACUACAAUAUACGUAGAGCCUUUAAUGAUUGGUACAAUGGAAUGUCACAAUUUGACUGGAGAAACAAUGAAGGAAAUUCCUAUCAGAUGGACUGGUACAGAAGCCGUUCAGUCGGAUGUGCCAUGAACUGGUGCCCGUCUUUUGAUGCUAAUGGUCAAAAUUACCAGAACAUGUGGUUUUUCGGAUGCUUUUACGAUCAAAUGGAAUACAAUGAGAAUGAAAACGAGGAAUUCUUUGGUGGGAACAAUUGGAAUGGUGAUGGUUUCAAUGGUUGGAAUGGAAAUGAUUACAAGAACAACAAUAAUGGCUAUAAUAUGAACUACAACAAUGGGUAUGGUUAUGAUGAUAACUUCUAUAAUGGCAAUUAUUACAUGAACAACAACAACGGUUAUGGCAACAAUGACUACUACAGGAACAGGGGAUACUACCAGAAUGGAAACUACGGAAACAAUUACUACAGUAGAGGUUACUACAUGGAUAAUUACAACAACAAUAAUGGUAACGGUUACUUCAACAACAUGAAUCAUCCUUACUACAAUAACUGGAACGGUAAUGGUAAUUACUACAACAGAGGUUACUACUGGAAUGGCAAUGACUACAAUAAUGACUACUACUAUAACAGAGGUUACUACAUGAACAACUACAUGAACAACGGGUAUGGAAAUGACAACUACAACCGAUAUUACAUGAACAACGAUUUCAACAAUGGCUAUGACAACAUGGAGGAAAACAUGGAAUGUGAUGAUAGAAUGCCGAACUGUGAUGAGAAUAUGUGCAGUAACAAAAUGUUCUAUAUGAGAUUCCAGUGCAGAAGGACAUGCGGAUUUUGUUAAUAUACAUGUUUAUUAUAGACAAGUGUCGAUCAGGAAGGAAAUGAUUGAGACGAAUUAGACGCCAAUCCGAUUGCCUAAUUAUUCAUGUACUUUUAUUUGCAAUAAACGAUUUGUAUCAUA